AUGUCAUGCAAAAUUGGAGGUGGGGUUUCUGUGAUUGUUGAACGCACCGAAAAGCUACCUGAUGACACACCAAAACCCGGUCUCGGAUCAUUGUAUACCCGGUGGGGCAGAACAACUUGUCCUCCUUAUUCAAAACUUGUAUAUGAAGGUGUGGCUGGUGGACAAUGGUUCGAUCAUACAGGUGGCGGAAGUAAUCUCUUAUGUCUACCUAACGACCCCAUUUGGGCCAAUUAUACUACAGGAGAAGAAAAAGGUGGUCACAUUUAUGGCAGUGAAUAUCAAUUAGAUUUAUACCCAACAAAUAAACUCUAUUCUUUUGCUAAUGCUAAAUCACUUCAUGAUCACAACGUUCCGUGCGCUGUCUGUUUGACACGACGACCUGCUGUUGUUAUGAUGUUACCAGCCAGGACAAAGUGUUACCCUGGUUGGACAGCUGAGUAUUCGGGAUAUUUGAUGUCCGGUUAUUUCGGGCAUAAGGGCAGACAUGAAUAUGUGUGUGUAGAUUAUGCACCAGAAGCUGAUCCAGCUGGUUACAGAGACGAAAAUGGAGCUUUAUUAUAUUUCGUUCAGGCUUCUUGUGGUUCAUUGCCAUGUCCACCGUAUGUCGAUGGUCAAGAAUUAACCUGCGUUGUGUGCAGUAAAUAUUGAAUAGAAAUUAAA